UACUACGCUUCCUUUCUCUCUCUGAGAUCAUUCUCAUCCUCCGCCGGAGCUUGCGACGAUGGCCGGAGCCCCUUCCGAUUUUCACAGCAGCACGGCCGCUGUCCAGGCCACCAACGACGAUGCCGCCGCCAGCAAGCUGUCCUGUGUCAGCAAAGGGUACAUGAAGGAUGAGUAUGUCCACUUGUUUGUUAGAAGACCGGUAAGGAGAUCACCUAUAAUAAACCGUGGGUACUAUGCUCGAUGGGCUGCUCUCCACAAGCUGCUUGUUCAAUUCCUCAAGCCAGAAGGUCAUAAAGAUGACAAUGAUUGUGUGAAGAAACAAAUAUUAUCUCUAGGAGCUGGCUUUGAUACAACUUAUUUUCAGUUGAUGGACAAGGGGAUUGCACCGCAUUUAUAUGUAGAGCUGGACUUCAAGGAGGUUACCAGUAAGAAGGCAGCACUCAUAGAACAUUGUAGUCAAUUGAGGGAAAAAGUUGGACUUGAAGCUCCUAUUUCAAGAGAAAGAGGAGAAGUGAUAAGUGACCAUUACAAACUGCUUCCUGUUGAUUUGCGUGAUAUAUCAAAGUUAGAUGCCAUCAUAAGUCUAGCAAAGUUGGAUCCUAGUCUACCAACAUUUAUCAUCGCGGAAUGUGUGUUGAUAUACUUGGACCCAGAUUCAACCAAAGCUAUCGUUGGAUGGGCUUCAAAAACAUUUUCAACAGCAGUUUUUUUCUUAUACGAGCAGAUACAUCCCAAUGAUGCUUUUGGAGAACAAAUGAUAAGAAAUCUUGAGAGUCGAGGAUGCCCUCUUCUAGGAAUAUAUGCCACACCAACUUUAAGAGAUAAGGAAAAUCUCUUCCUUGAGCAAGGAUGGCAGAGAGCCGUUGCUUGGGACAUGCUGAAGGUGUAUAAUGAGUUUAUUGCAACACAAGAAAGGCGAAGGAUUGAGCGGCUUGAGUUGUUUGAUGAAUUUGAAGAGUGGCAUAUGAUGCAGGAACAUUACUGUGUGGCGUAUGCAAUUAAUGAUGACAAGGACUUGUUUAAGGAUUUUGGGUUUUCGAACAACCAGCAUAUCCACAAUACAUCCUCAGAAAUCCACCCUCACAGAGAAGAAGAUCAUUAACUGUGAGUUCAUAACCAAGUAUUUCUGAUGACUGUAUCAUGUAAUGCAUAUCCAAAUAUUAUUUCUUUUGUCUUUUUGAGGAUUUUCAAACUUCAAACUCACUGUUUAAUUUGAGUUUCUACUUUCUCCAUUCAUCAUCAUCAUCAUCAUCAUCAUUGAUA